AUGAAGCGGAGCAUCGUCCUUUUUUUAUUUUUGCUCAUCAAGGUAGGUGUCCUGUUGGGACCCGCGAACGGUGCGUACCAUCUGAAAAGGGGAGGCGUGAACAUGGAGGGGGAGCAACAUGUGCAGGGGGAAGGGAAAGUGGCCGCGGGGAAGGAGGCAGUCUGCCCCAUGGCAAGUGCGAAAAAGGGGGGGAGCGAUCAGAAGAGCAAUAUGAUCACGAGUAACACGCCAGAGAAGGACGCGGAGGACACUGAAUCGGGGGAAGACAUAUCGGAUGACACGUCGGAGGGGCUGGAAGACGCAGGUGUGGAAGAGGCAGCCGCGGAGGAGGCAGCCAUGGAGGAGGAAGCCAUGGAGGAGGAAGCCGCGGAGGAAGCAGCCGCAGAGGAGGUAGCCAACAAGGAAGCGGCCGAUUUAAAAGAAAAGCAGUACAACGAAAUGAAGCAGCGAAAGUGGAAAGCACACCACGGGGCUGUGCAGGCUUCAGAGGUGUCUCCCAAGAAGAAUGCGAUGCCGGUCAAGGGGGGGGGCAGCAAAGUGGUGAAGGCGCAUAGCGGUGGUAACUCCAACGUGGUAAACGCGCUGAAGUCGAUUGAGAGCCACGACAACAGCUCGGAGGGCAAGAGAAAAGGCAAAGGGGAAAAGGGAACAAACGAAGAAAACGAAUCCCUGUACGAGGAGAAGAGACAAAAAAUACUGAUGAUUCAUCUCUUAAAAACAAUUAAAGAACACUUAGACAGACAGAAACAAAAUUUUAACAGUUUUUUGUCUUUCCUAAGUGAAUCUUAUGCGAGCUACGAAAGGUUUCAUGUCUUCAAGAAGGUGAAUGAUAUGUAUAGUGGGGUGGGGGAGGAGAUGGCGAUAACGUCGCAGUCGUUUUUGAGUUUACAGGAGGAGAGCACACCCAGGUGUGGUAAGCAGAACGUGGGUGGUGUGCUUCGAAGCGGCGCCAAGGCGGCAGCGAUGGGCCUGAAUAAUGGGGGUAGCAGCAGUAGCGGAGGUGGAAUGGAUGAGGAGAGCGAGGAAGAGGAGAAGGAAGACGCGACGGAGGAUGAAGAGGGGGAAAACCAAAAAAACGAAGACGCAGCACAAAAGGGAGAUGCGCCGCAAAACGGAGACAACUCAGACGGUGGAAAAAUCCCGGGGGAGAAUCCCACCAACACUGAUGACCAGGACAAGGACGCAAAGAAAUCGUCGGAAAAAAUGAAACAAAUUAAAGGCUUCCUCUACGAAAUGCUGCAAUCGGAAGAGCUAGGCCCAAAGCAGAAGGAGUACCUCCAGGUCAUUCUUCAAAUUCUGACGUUGGAAGACGAUCUGCUACAAAAGGAACAGAUGCAGGUGCAGCUAAACAAGAAGAUUAUUGACGUCUUGUUGGGUAAGUCAAAUGAACUGAGAGACAUUGCAGUGCAUCUGAGUAGAGAAGGAUCGGGAGAAGCAGAAGGGAACCAGAGAGUCGACUUGGCACAGAACAUCGUAUCGAAUUUGCUGAACUUCUCCGUCGAAUUAAAGAACACUGGAAAUAUUGUCUAUAAUAACAUACAAGGACAGGGAGACCUUCUUCAGAGCAUCGAGAAGAGUAUUAAUAAGGCAGAGGACGGAUUGAAAAACGUGCGUGUGCAUACGGAGUAUAAGGGGAGGAAGAAGGACGACCCCACCGUCGACCCCACCGUCGACCCGAGUAACGACCCGAGUAACGACGACCCAAGUAGUAACGAUGUGGUACAAAACAAGGGUGGCGCUACCACCUCGAGAGAUGCUACUAAGUCAGAGUUCCUUCAGUACUGCGACGCUGGGGAGGCGGAAGCCAAUUCCACUUGUCCGUUUAAAUCUGUGUCUUCCUCCAAGAGUGGAUCCGCUGCGAUGAAGCAGAGCAGCGGAGGGGACCUCCAAAAGGACUCAGCGAGUAAGGGCACCAAGAACAAAUUCACCCUGGAUGAAACAAUGAAGAAUCACUUCUUCAACAACUUCGUGAAGGACUCCGUCACGCUGAGGAAGCUCUACCGCCUGCUCUACGACAUGUUCUAG